GUGAAGUAAUCUGGAGCUCAGUGCAGGCUUGGGGUUUUGGGUUUUCUAAGUGUGGCGAGCUGUGGAUUGCAACUCGGAGCAAUCCUUUGUAAGCGGCGAGAGAAUGCUUUUUUGAUUAGGAAGGUGCGAGAGAGAAGAAGAAGUUCUUGUGGAGUGGAGGAAGCGAGAGAGAGAGCGCGAGAGAGCGAGAGAUUGAGAGGACUGUUUGAUAGAGAGGAGUGACAAUGCGGCGGGAAGCAUGGGGCGCCAUGGCCAGGUUGCGUCGGAUGCAGCAGCAAAGUGGCAGGGAGCGUUCGCUGCUGCAAGGCCACUCUCAUCUCGGUUUUGGCAGAAGCGCGGAUACUUUCGGACGAUUUCCUCGAGUUGAGCAAUUAGGAGUUGCCUUUGGAAGAAGUUCUUUAUCAAAGGCCUCGGUACCCAAUCAUGCUCAUUACUCGUCAUCGACUGCAAGCACCACGGAAGAAGAAGUUGUGAUUGCAAUCGGCAGCAAUAUUGGGGAUAGAAUUGCGAACUUUAACCGUGCCUUGGAGCUGAUGCGUGCCUCUGGCAUCCAAGCCAUUAGACAUGCUUCCUUGUAUGAAAGUGCCCCGGCUUAUGUCACCGACCAGCCGCUCUUUCUAAAUUCAGCAGUGUCAGCCAUCACAAGUCUUGAUCCUCAUUCACUUUUGAGGACGUUGAAGGACAUUGAGAGCGAGCUUGGCCGCACGUCUGGGGGUAUAAGGUAUGGCCCCAGACCUCUAGAUUUGGAUAUCAUUUUUUACGGGAACCGCUCUGUGACCACUGAGACAUUGGAAAUUCCUCAUGCCAGAUUUCUCGAACGUCCUUUUGUCUUAGCACCAUUGGCAGAUCUUCUCAAUGAUGCAGGGACAAGGUCAACAUCUCACUGGUCUAAUCAUAAACGCUGUGAUGGAGGGGUUGCACAAGCCUGGAAUAAGAUGGGAGGGGAGGCCUGCAUUGGAAACGAGGACCUGCGAAGAGUGAUACCAGUGGGUAAUGAGCUGCUGGACUUGUCAGCUAAGACACAUGUCAUGGGCAUAUUGAACGUUACUCCAGAUAGCUUCAGUGAUGGCGGACGGUUCAUGGCUGUGGAGGAUGCUGUGGCACAUGCUCGUUCGAUGGCUGCUGAGGGGGCAGAUUUUAUUGACAUUGGGGCUCAAUCGACUCGUCCGGGAGCUACAAGACUUUCUACCGAGGAAGAGCUUUCUCGUCUCGUGCCAGUCCUGGAGGCCUUGACUGCCGAUUCUGCCUUGAAAGGUGUAAAACUGUCGGUAGACACAUUUGAUGCAAGGGUUGGCCGUGAGGCUGUAAAGAUGGGAGUACAUGUUGUCAACGAUGUAUCAGGCGGUUCCCUAGACUCCGAGAUGCUGUCGACAGUGGCGGAGCUCGGGGUCCCUUACAUCAUGAUGCAUAUGCGAGGGGAUCCCACCAAUAUGCAGAGCAAGGCGAACACAACCUACAGCGACGUGUGUGAGGAAGUCGGGAAGGAACUAAAUUCUCGAGUUGUUCAGGCUGAAGCAGUCGGCGUCCCUGCAUGGCGUAUUAUCACAGAUCCCGGUAUCGGGUUUUCCAAGACUUUACCGCAAAACUUGGAUCUAUUGAAACAUCUUCCCGUUGUGAGGAGAGUGCUUUCAGAGAGUAGUUGUACUGUUAGUCGGGGUCCCAUGCUUGUUGGACCUUCUAGAAAAGGAUUCCUAGGGAAGAUAACGGAACGUCAAAAGGGUGAGGAUAGAGAUGCUGCAACGGUUGCUGCUGCAGUUGUAGCUGCCAUAGGUGGUGCUAAUAUUAUAAGAGCACAUAAUGUGCGGGCUGUUCGAGAUGCUAUGAAAGUGGUAGAUGCAAUUUACAAAUAAUCCUGUCAUACCAUCUUCUCUCUGGCGUAGAAUAUUCUUUGUAAGCUACAGCUUAAAGCAACCACCACUUUAAUGCAUGACAUCAUAUUUUGUCACGCACUUAAAGCUUUUGUA